CGUCGCCACGACGAUCGACAAGAUGAGGGCAUCCGGCAUCUUCUACGCGCUGUUCGCAGCCCUGCGCGUUAGCGCGCAGGCUGUCGCUGCCGCCCCUGGUGCCCCGUCCGACUUGCAGGUCCAGGGCUCCUACAUCGUGGAGCUCGAGACCGACGGCAAGAUGGCCGACUUCUACCAGGCCCUCUCGAGCACGCACGGGAUCAAGACCAAGCAGCGCAUGACCCUGGGCAGCUCAAAGAUCUUCAACGGCGCCUCCUUCAAGGUCCUGGACGCGGCAGGCCUCGACGACGCCAAGCUCAUGAACCUCAUUGCCGCCACCCCCGCCGUCAGGAGGGUUUGGCCGGUGCGCAAGGUGACCCUGAAUAUCCCCAAGACCGAGGAUGUCGCCAACCACACCGCCCCGGCACACGCUCCAGGGCUGCGGAGACGGCAGGACGCCCCCCUCGAUGUCGACCCGAAACUGUCGGGCGACCACUUCAUGCCGCAUCUGAUGACGCAGAUCGACAAGCUGCACGCCAAGAACAUCACCGGCAAGGGCUUCAAGAUCGCCAUGAUGGACUCGGGCAUCGACUAUACGCACCCGGCGCUGGGCGGCUGCUUCGGCCCCGGCUGCCUCGUGGAGGGCGGCUGGGACUUCGUCGGCGACCCGCCCGCCGGCGGCGAGCCCCAGCCCGACGCCGACCCCUACGACGGCUGCCACGGCCACGGCACGCACGUGGCCGGCACCAUCGCGGCGCAGGCCAAGGGCAACAAGUACGGCUUCACGGGCGCGGCCCCGGACGUCAAGCUCUGGGCGUACCGGACCUGGAACUGCGCGAGCUCCGGGUCCAACGAGAUCCUGGUGGCCGCCUUCGUGCGCGCCUACGAGGACGGCGCCGACAUCCUGCAGUGCUCCAACGGCAUCUACGACAACGGCGGCUGGGAGGACGAGCCGUGGGCCCACGUGGCCGGCCGCAUCGCCCAGACGGGCGUGCCCGUCAUCAUCUCGGCCGGCAACUCGGGCGGCCGCGGCCUCUUCAGCGCCUCGACCCCCGCGAGCGGCAGGGGCGUGCAGACCGUCGCGUCCGUGCAAAACCGCAUGAACCCCGGCUUUGUGUCGCGCGGCACCUACCGGACAGAUGCCGGCAGCAGCAGAAGCCGCAACCAGUCCGCCACCGGCGAGUCCUAUGGCUUCUACGCCGGGUCGCCUUGGCCGGAGGAGACGGUGACGCUGCCGCUUUGGUCCAUCGGGAACGACACCACGUCUGAAAACGACGCGUGUAGCCCCCUCCCCGACAGCACGCCCGAUCUCUCCAACAAGCUCGUGCUGCUGCGCGUGCCCGGGACCCGCAAGUGCUUCCCCCAAGAUCAGGGAAAGAAUAUCCUGGCGAAGGGUGGUAAAUACAUCGCCUACUACGCCUUCUCCAACAACACCUGGGAUGCCCAGUUCGUCUACGUGGACGGCAUCAAGGGCGUGACUUCGGUUUCCCCCGCCCAGGGCGCCGCUUGGAUCGAGAUGCUGAGCCGCGGCUUUCAGGUCAACGUAACCAUCCCCAAGAAGGCCGAUGCUCCCGAGAACAUGCUCCUGGAGCUCGAAGACAACGAGACGGGCGGCUAUGCCUCGAGCUUCACCUCCUGGGGCCCCAACUGGGACCUGGAGCCGUACCCCCACGUCGCCGCGCCGGGCGGCCACAUCCUGUCCUUGUACCCCGUGGUCAUGGGGAGCUACCGCGUCAUGAGCGGCACGUCCAUGGCCAGCCCCCUGGUGGCGGGCCUGGUGGCGCUCAUGGGCGAGGCGAGGGGCGGGAAGCUGGAUGGCGACCUCUUCGGCCGCAUCAUGUCCUCCACCGCCAAGCCCCUGACCUGGUUCGACGGCAAGAAGGCCAGUCCCGGCACCCUCGCGCCCCCCGCGCAGGGCGGCGCGGGCCUGGUGCAGGCCUACGACGCCGUCUUCGCCAAGACAGUGCUCGACAGGCGCAACAUCGCGCUCAAUGACUCGGCCCACUUCGUCCCCGACCACGAGUUCACCAUCCAGAACGUCGGGCCGGAGGAGGCGACCUACGAGGUCGGCCACCUUCGGAGCCUGACCAUGUACACCACCGUCUCGACCCCGGCCGGCGACCUGCCCGCCGGCGUCCCCAACCCCAUCGCCGACGGCGCGUGGGCCGAGCUCACCUUUUUCCCCGAGACCGUCACCGUCCCAGCCGGCGGCUCCGCCAAGGUCAAGGUGACGGUGGCGCCGCCGGCGGCGCGCGAGGGCCCCAACGCCUCGCGUCUGCCCGUCUACAGCGGUUACGUCAGCGUCAACAGCACGCGCGCCGAGUACCUCGUCAUGCCAUACCUGGGCGUGGUCGGCAGCAUCCACGACAAGCCGGUGCUGCUUGCGGGCGCCUCGUACCUCGCCAACUUCGGCUCGCCCGUCCCCGCCAACACGAGCUACACGCUGCCGCCGCCGGACCCCAAGAACCAGCCGAGCCAGCGCAACGACGACGGCAGGUUCCCCAACAUGCUUCUGACCAUGGGGCUGGGCACGCGCGUGCUGCACGUGCACGUGGCGUCGCUGUCGGACCCGGCGCGCAACAGGGCCAGGACGCCGACGGGCGUGGCCUGCGUCGGCGAGGUGGCCGGCGCGCCGCUCCGCUUCAUCGCCAACUUCUCUCAGCGCGCCUACCUAUCGGGCCUGCUCAACGACGGCUCCAUACUGCCCGCGGGCUCAUACAAGAUGGUGGCCAGUGCGCUGCGCAUCUCUGGCGACGAGUCGGUCCCCGGCGACUGGGAUGUCGUCGAAACGGUGCCCUUCUCCAUCCAGUACUCAGGCGGGACGGCGGCCAGGUAGUGGGGAGGACAGAUUGCGCUGUGAUGAUUACGAGGAAUGUAUUUGUGCCUGUAGUAAUGUUUGCAUUUUCGAUGUUGCCUCGACAGUUGUUUUUUUGUUCCAUUUGAGGCUACAGAGUGACUUUCUCGUUGCAGAUCUGGCUGAAAAAAAAGGAAGUAAUCCAACUUACUGCGAU